GCUUGCAUAAACAGUGACAAUUUAGCUUACUAUAAGGUUAAAAGUAUAUCUUAUUCUUAGCUAGAAUAGAUUCGGUAAUUUAAGUUUGAAAACAUGUUUACAGAGAAAAAUUUUUUAUUAUUUUUUUUUUUUGUACACAAACAUCAGAUAUUGGGCAUUAAAUGUGUAGUGUUAUAUAUAUUUUCCCUAACGGUUUUGACGUCACCGUAUAAACAUUUAUCUGAAAAUAAUAAUAAUAUUUAUUUAAAAACAUAAAAUAAUUAAGGAGACGAUUUGAGGUUAUGCAUUACCUUAGAUGUAAAUCAACUACAAAUACAUUUCAGAAUUAUUCUAGUCACAUUCAAUAGAGAAAAAUAUAUAAGUUUUAUUAGUAUAUAAAUGAUAAAUUAACUUUUGUUUGUUGAAAUAUUUUAAACUUACCCUAAUAAUAGUGCAAUAUAAAUAAUAAACUUUGAUUAUAACUUGCAAUCAACCUCUGUCUAACAAACAAGCUUCCAAGUAGAUGGCACUCUUUACUGCCGUGAAGCUAAAUUCAUUAUUAGUCAGUAAAUUUAUUCAAAGCUACUGAUCUUUCAGUAAAUUUUAUAACCACUGAAAAAAUCAGUAACAUUUUUACUGAUUUAACUUAAGAGAGUAAGGACGUUCUAAAAAAUUCAAAUUUUUUUAUUAUGAGCAUUAAAAACUUGUGAUUCAAUAAAUUAAAAAAAAUCAAAACUUACUUGCUUAGUAUAUAUUUUUCUUUCUAUAUGUUGCAAAUAAAAUUGAACUUAUUCAUUACUUAUAAUCAAUAACACAAAAUCCUAAUUAACCUCAAACUUCAGUUUUCAAUGUACGCUUGGAGUAAUGUUAGCAGAUAAGGUAGUUUUAAGUUUAGAAUCCAAGCUUAUAACAAAUCUUAUCAUACGCGUGGAAAAAGAGCUAACAGCAAGGCAUAUUUGAAGAAUAUACUUCUCCACCUGUUGAUAGGCCAUGGAUGUCCUAUGCAGUUCCUAAAGAAUCGGGACCAUCGUGUAUAUUUUCGGUGAUGAGUUACAUGGUUCUUAGUAGCUCAUACGUGGCACCGGAAAUGUAUCCGUAUUACUCUAAAGAAUACCUUGACUGGGAAACCCGUGGGCAGAGCAUCAUAGAUGAAAUCAAUUACUAUGAAUACAAUGUGAUCUGCCUUCAGGAGGUCGAGCUUGAGGUGUUUCUCCAAUUCUAUUCGCCGACACUGAAAGCUAAAGGGUAUGACGGCGUUUUUGCCCCGAAAUCUCGGGCAAAAACAAUAUCAGAUGCCAAACGGCGGCUUGUACAUGUUUGCGCAAUUUUCUGGAAGACCAGAAAGUUUACACUGAUAUCCCAACAGUUGAUCGAGUUCAACCAAUCGGCUGAUCAUGAGAAAAAAAAUCAAUCGUUUUUUUAUAAUUUAACUUUUACUUUGUUGGCUUAUUUGGGGCUAGUUGAGCAAGGCGCGCUCAAUGCAUUGAAUGCGUGCCGAGCGUUGGUCUAACAAUGUAUAUAUUGAACCUAUAUACAAAACUAAAUAUUUAUAGGUUUCAUAUCAAUGAAGUCUGAUCAGAUCUUAUCAUACAUAGACUUAUAUAUAACUACAUAUAAGUUUAUAUCAUUCAUGUCUGAUCAGAUCUAAUAAUAUAAAGACUCAAACAUAAUUAUAUAUAAUUUUAUGUAUAACCAUGUAUAAUCAUAUAUACUCAUAUA